AUGCAAAUACCUUCUGGCCAACUCGUGUUGCGCUUGACCGAAAUUAGAGACGACCCACAAGCGUUUGCCAACAAAUCAGUGCGCCUUAAAGGCAUUUUAAAAACCUUCGAUCCUGGAGCCAACUUUGCAACGAUUGAAUACGAUGACUACCAAUUGGAAAUCGACACAGCACUGCUUGAUCCGUUUUCUUUUCCGAUCGGUACCAUGAUUGAGUUUAUUGGAGAGCUGCAAAGUAACGAGGCGAAGUUGAUUCUACGCCCACGCGUUGCUCGAAGUAUGGAUACCCUAGAUCUAGAAUUGUACGAGAAGGCUGCUCAAUACAAGCGUAAAUACAUGGAACAGUUCCAGUAG